AUGUCUACGUUAGAAGAAUUGAAUAACCAAAGUCAGCCAGAUGAUGAUGAUAUCGAUCAAGAAUUUUUCAAUCUAUCAGCUUCCGAACUAACUACUCGUGCGAAGUUGCUAGAUAACGAAAUUAGGAUAUUCAGAUCCGAACUACAACGUUUGUCUCAUGAAAACAGUCAGAUGCUAGAGAAGAUUAAGGAUAAUCAAGAAAAGAUCAAGAAUAACAAACAAUUACCGUAUUUAGUGGCGAAUGUUGUUGAAAUUAUGGAUAUGGAUGAAUUACAGGAUUCCAACGAGAUUGACACUCAAGGCGGUAAUGUCAAUUUAGAUAAUGCCGCUAAGGGUAAAGCUGCUGUAAUCAAGACUUCUUCCAGACAAACGGUGUUCCUACCUAUGGUAGGAUUAGUGGAUCCAGUAAAGCUUAAACCAAAUGAUUUAGUUGGUGUAAAUAAAGAUUCAUAUUUGAUUUUGGAUACAUUACCAUCGGAGUUUGAUUCUCGUGUCAAAGCUAUGGAAGUUGAUGAAAAACCAACAGAAACAUAUUCGGAUGUGGGUGGAUUAGAUAAACAAAUAGAGGAAUUAGUGGAGGCUAUUGUUCUACCAAUGAAGCAAGGUGAAAAAUUCAAAGAUAUGGGUAUUAAGGCUCCAAAGGGUGCUUUGAUGUACGGCCCUCCAGGUACAGGUAAGACCCUUCUUGCUAGGGCCUGUGCCGCUCAAACAAAUGCCACUUUCUUAAAGCUAGCUGCACCUCAGCUUGUUCAAAUGUACAUUGGUGAAGGUGCAAAGUUGGUACGUGACGCAUUUGCAUUAGCUAAGGAAAAGGCACCUACUAUCAUUUUCAUCGAUGAAUUAGAUGCCAUUGGUACAAAACGUUUCGAUUCCGAAAAAUCUGGUGAUAGAGAAGUACAAAGAACAAUGUUAGAGUUGCUAAAUCAAUUGGAUGGAUUUGGCUCUGAUGAUCGGGUUAAGGUGUUGGCUGCUACCAAUCGUGUUGAUGUUCUAGAUCCGGCCUUAUUAAGAUCUGGUAGACUUGAUAGAAAAAUAGAAUUCCCACUCCCUACAGAAGAUGCAAGAGCUCAAAUUCUACAGAUUCAUUCCAGAAAAAUGACAACUGAUGAUUCUAUCAAUUGGCAAGAACUCGCUAGAUCUACAGAUGAAUUCAAUGGUGCUCAAUUGAAAGCCGUUAGUGUCGAAGCUGGUAUGAUCGCAUUAAGAAACGCUCAAUCAACAAUCAAGCACGAAGAUUUCGUUGAGGCUAUCGGUGAAGUACAGGCAAGAAAGUCUAAAUCCGUUUCCUUUUAUGCAUGA